UUUGUUCGAUUCUUUCUUCUUUUCUUUUCUUCUCUUGGCUACCAAACAUGGUCUAAGAGGUAGACUGCAAAAGGAAAGAGGCCUGCUAAAAGUUUCCCCAUUGCUUUUAAAACGAGAGCGCUCGCCUUGUUGCCGUUAGGUUCAAGUGUUUCAACUGCUCCCGGAAAUGGAAGACGACAUCUUAGAGGAAUUUCUAAAUGUAGAGGUGGAGCUUCAAGAAGUGCAAGAUCAGAUAAAGAGAUUGCUUGAUCGGCAAGAGAAGUUGUAUGAGAGGCAAUCUGAACUGAAGGCUCUGUUGGAAGAAGGUAAAACAUCAUCAAGCCCUUCCCAUGUCGGUGCUUCAGUUGCUGUACAGAAUUGGUCAGGGGAAUUUGAGUGGGAUUCACAAGCUGAUGAUGUUAGGUUUAAUGUUUUCGGCAUCCCUACAUACCGUGCAAAUCAGCGGGAGAUCAUAAAUGCAGUCAUGAGUGGAAGAGAUGUUCUGGUUAUAAUGGCUGCAGGUGGUGGCAAGAGCCUCUGUUACCAACUUCCUGCAAUUCUUCGUGAUGGAGUUGCUCUUGUUGUCAGUCCUUUGCUUUCCUUAAUUCAGGACCAGGUGAUGGGGUUGACUGCUUUAAGCAUCCCAGCAUACAUGUUGACAUCAACUACAAGUAAGGAAGAUGAGAGGUUCAUAUACAAGGCCAUUGAAAAAGGGGAAGGAGAGCUUAAGAUACUGUAUGUCACACCAGAAAAGAUAUCAAAAAGCAAGAGAUUUAUGUCAAAACUUGAGAAGUGCCAUGAUUCUGGUCGUCUAUCCCUUAUUUCAAUUGAUGAGGCUCAUUGCUGUAGUCAGUGGGGGCAUGAUUUUCGUCCCGACUACAAGAACCUCGGCAUCUUGAAGAUUCAGUUUCCUAAUAUUCCGUUGGUUGCUUUGACUGCAACUGCAACAAAGAGGGUCCAAACAGAUCUGAUUGAAAUGCUGCACAUCCCAAAAUGCAUUAGAUUUGUCAGCACAGUCAACAGGCCUAAUCUGUUUUAUGCGGUGCGGGAUAAGUCUUCUGCUGGGAAGGUGGUCAUUGAUGAAAUUGCGGAAUUUAUCAGAUGUUCAUAUCCAAAUAAUGAAUCAGGGAUAGUUUAUUGCUUCUCCAGAAAGGAAAGUGAACAGGUUGCAGAUGAAUUAUUUCAACGGGGAAUUUCAGCCGGUUAUUAUCAUGCAGAUAUGGAUGUAGAUGCUCGUGCAAAAGCUCAUAUGCGGUGGAGUGAUAACAAGUUGCAGGUCAUAGUGUGUACGGUGGCAUUUGGUAUGGGAAUAAACAAGCCUGAUGGUGAGUAUCCCAUAUUUAUUUGAUUUAAACACUUUUUUCUUUAAUAGCUACAGUGAUAUAUUUUAUCGGAAUAUAAAUCAAAACAUUAUAAUUAACUGUAUGGAGUCUCUUUCCUGUGAUUGUUAUAUGAUGCGCCUCUGCAAACAAUAGUUCAUAAUAUACCACACUAGCACUUUUCAAAUUAUCCAAAAGCUGAUCAAUAUUUGGGAACUAUUGCAUGUUAGCUCAGUCUGUUAAAAGAAAUCCUGGAAAUUCACAAAUCUUAGGAAUAAAUUCUCAUACUGCCACAUGUAUUUGUAGCAUUCUUCC